GAGCAGCACAGAGAGCCAGUCUGUUUCUAGCUCCCAGUUCACUGUAACUGCUCUGCCAGACAGCACUCAGCCAUCCACCAUCACACACUCUCAAACACAUUCACUCUCAGUAUACGACAGCUGACAACACCUUUUCGUUUUCUCAGCAGCACCACACACUCACACGGCCAGAUCAGAAGAGAAGAGAAAGACAGACUCGAUUUGUGCUGCGAACACACCAGCUCUGAGGAAGCUGGGUCGAGGCUGGAGAGGGUGACUGGAGAAUGGAAUGGAACCUCAGAAGGAUGGAAAGUGAACUGAGGCACAUCAACCCGGACCUGCUGCAGCCCAGCAAGAGCUUCAAGAAGCCCUCUUCAGGCACCAUCACCAUCAAUGUAGGGGGGUUCCUGUACACUGCUCACCGGACAACCCUUGCCAAGCACCAAGGUUCCUUUCUGGAAGAGCUGGCCAACGGUAAGAAGCCGGUCCAGCACACUGAUUCCAUGGGCAACCCAUUCAUCGAUAGAGAUGGUCCAGUUUUUCGCCAUGUGCUCAACUACCUCCGAACCGGAGAGCUCCAGCUGCCCGAUGACUUCCGGGAGGCAGGGCUCCUGCGACGAGAGGCUGAUUUUUACCGUCUGACUGAACUGGUGGAGGCCGUGGUCGAGUUUGAAAGCCAGAGGGCGGCCAUGCGAGAGGCCGCAUUUCUCGAGGUGACGGAUAGCCACGAGAGGUCGCAGGGCCUCAAGGUGUACUGCAGCGACUCCAUCUUCCUCGACAAGAUCAAAGCGCGGCUGGUGCAGAUAUCCAAGAGCCGCUUGGACGGCUUUCCGGAAGAAUUCGUGGUGUCAUCCAACGUGAUCCAAUUCCGACACUUCAUCAAGUCGGAGCCAGGUUCGCGACUCGUACUGAAGGAGGACAGCACAUUCUUGUGCACACUCGAUUGUCUGAAACUAGAGACAGUGAUGCUAGCACUGAGAUCCGGCUUCAAGCUGGUCACCAGCCUCGACAGCAGCAAAGGCUCUGUGGUGGUGGCUGAGGCGCUGCACUUUGUCAAGUAAGGUGAAGGAAAACAGAUGAGGAGGAGAGGGGGAGGCAGAAAGGGAAAAAGUAGUGCCUGAUUCUGUAUCCAUCUAAUGUAAGGUAUUGGUUUGGAGAUAUCGUAACGUGCUGAGCUGUAAUGUGUCAGUGGGUAGGAGGAGGAGAACAGGUGGGUUAGAAUGUCUCACGGUGUUUAUAUCUUUAACGCACAAUGCUGGCUUUCAAACACGAGAUUUGAUCAUUAUUGGGGUAAGAUUGGGUUAUUCUGCAAUUAUUAGUAGAGAGGCGUUUUGGCAUCAACCUUUACACUGCUUUGUCAGCUAGUAUUUAUACAAUUCAGAAUGAUCCAGAACAACUUAGCAUUUACGAUGUGUACAUUGCAUCUGAUUAAAUAUCACACACCUCUUUGAUAUGGAGGGCAAGCGAAGAGUAAAUCCUUCCAUUGAGAGACAAAGGGAACAAACUGAGAGUCUGAACAUCAACAGCUUUAUCAGUGGAUUUGUCUCUGCACAGGAACUGCUUCUGCUGCUUUGUCGGCUGCAACAGCCUUCAAAACAAGCCGUGACGUGCACUGUUGUGCCAUUCAGCUUUUACUACAAUCUGUGUGUGUGUGUGUGUGUGUGUGUGUGUGUGCGUGCGUGUGCGCGUGUGUGUUGCUAUACACUGUGCGUGUUGUGCUAAGUUGGUUUAAUAGCCUGUGUUGAAGUUUAUUAGCCUCUCUGGAGCCUGAAGGAAAAAAACCACAGUGCAUUCAUUGUUGUUUUGUAUGGAUAAACAAACUCCACAUCCAAAUUAGUCCGAAGAAAAAUAAACUCUUCCUCAGAUCAUGCCAAGAUGACAAGUUGAGUUUAAGCGCAAAGAAACGUGAUUAUUGUAAGGGCUUUGAAUCUAGCAUGAUGCAUGUGCACUAAAUAAACUGUGUGUUUGCUAGUGCUGUGAGCCUCUGUGAAGUCAGUGCCCUAACAAUGCCUAUUACUUUUCAAUGUGAAUAUUUUACAAAUAAAAGUGACACUGAAACUA